GGGGCCAAGGCCGGAAGUGGGUGUGACCGGGACGGAGGCCGAGCAGGCCUCUGGGUAAUGAUACUGGGGAGUGGGAAACGUAGGCUUCGGAGCCAUGAUCCCCCCACAAGAGGCGUCCGCCCGGCGGCGGGAGAUUGAAGACAAGUUGAAGCAGGAGGAAGAGACGCUGUCCUUCAUCCGAGACAGCCUGGAGAAGAGCGACCAGCUCACCAAGAACAUGGUGUCUAUCCUGUCAUCCUUUGAGAGCCGCCUUAUGAAGCUGGAGAACUCCAUCAUCCCUGUGCACAAGCAAACAGAGAAUCUGCAACGAUUGCAGGAGAACGUUGAGAAGACACUAUCCUGCCUGGAUCAUGUCAUCAGCUACUACCAUGUGGCUAGUGACACUGAGAAGAUCAUCAGGGAAGGCCCCACAGGUCGGCUAGAGGAAUACCUGGGGAGCAUGGCCAAAAUUCAGAAGGCUGUGGAGUAUUUUCAGGACAAUAGCCCAGACAGCCCAGAGCUCAACAAAGUGAAGCUUCUGUUUGAGAGGGGGAAGGACUCACUGGAGUCUGAGUUCCGCAGCCUGAUGACCCGGCACAGUAAGGUUGUCUCCCCUGUGCUCAUCCUGGAUCUCAUCAGUGGUGACGAGGAGCUAGAGGUCCAGGAGGAUGUGGCCCUGGAACACCUGCCUGAAAGUGUGCUCCAGGAUGUGGUCCGCAUCUCCCUCUGGCUGGUGGAAUUUGGCCGCAACCAAGAUUUCAUGAAUGUCUACUACCAGAUACGCUCCAGUCAGUUGGACCGCUCCAUCAAGGGCCUAAAGGAACAUUUCCGGAAGAGCAGUUCUUCCUCUGGGGUUCCCUACUCCCCUGCUAUCCCCAAUAAGAGAAAGGACACACCCACCAAGAAGCCAAUCAAGCGGCCAGCCCCUCAGAAGAGCGAGGUGUCUAUUCACAUCCAACCAGGUCACCUGCUCCUCCUCAGGCAUGGAGGAUGCCCUCAGGGUACAAGGACGAUCCGUAAGGCUCAGAACCUUCUGAAACAGUAUUCCCAGCAUGGUCUAGAUGGGAAAAAGGGGGGUUCUAACCUCAUUCCUCUGGAAGGUCACGAGCAUGAUUUCCGAGUUAAGCACCUGUCCGAGGCCCUGAACGACAAGCACAGGCCGCUGGCUGGGAGAGAUGACAUGCUAGACGUGGAGACUGAUGCCUAUAUUCACUGUGUCAGUGCCUUUGUCAAGCUGGCCCAGAGCGAGUACCAACUGCUGACGGAUAUCAUCCCUGAGCAUCAUCAGAAGAAAACCUUUGACUCCUUGAUACAGGAUGCACUGGAUGGGCUGAUGCUUGAGGGGGAGAACAUUGUGUCUGCUGCCCGGAAGGCUAUCAUACGCCAUGACUUCUCCACGGUGCUCACGGUCUUCCCCAUCCUGCGGCACCUCAAGCAGACCAAGCCCGAGUUUGACCAGGUACUCCAGGGCACGGCCGCCAGCACCAAGAACAAGCUACCUGGCCUCAUCACCUCCAUGGAGACCAUUGGAGCCAAAGCACUGGAGGACUUUGCGGACAACAUCAAGAAUGAUCCAGAUAAGGAAUACAACAUGCCCAAGGAUGGUACUGUGCACGAGCUCACCAGCAAUGCCAUCCUCUUCCUGCAACAGCUUCUGGACUUCCAAGAGACAGCAGGUGCCAUGCUGGCCUCCCAAGUUCUUGGGGACACAUACAAUAUUCCUUUAGACCCCCGAGAGACCAGCUCCUCAGCCACCAGCUACAGCUCCGAGUUUAGCAAGCGCCUCCUGAGCACUUAUAUCUGUAAAGUCCUGGGCAACCUGCAGCUGAACUUGCUGAGCAAGUCCAAGGUGUACGAAGACCCAGCACUGAGCGCCAUCUUCCUGCACAACAACUACAACUACAUCCUCAAGUCCCUGGAGAAGUCAGAGUUGAUCCAGCUGGUGGCUGUAACCCAGAAGACUGCUGAGCGCUCCUACCGGGAACACAUCGAGCAGCAGAUCCAGACCUAUCAGCGCAGUUGGUUAAAGGUGACUGAUUACAUCUCAGAGAAGAAUCUACCUGUGUUCCAGCCUGGAGUCAAGCUUCGGGAUAAGGAGCGGCAGAUGAUCAAGGAGCGUUUUAAGGGCUUCAAUGAUGGCCUUGAAGAAUUAUGUAAAAUCCAAAAGGCCUGGGCUAUUCCAGACACAGAGCAGAGAGAUAAGAUUCGCCAGGCCCAGAAAAACAUCGUCAAGGAGACCUAUGGGGCCUUUCUGCACAGGUACAGCAACGUGCCUUUCACCAAGAACACUGACAAGUACAUCAAGUACCGUGUGGAGCAGGUGGGCGAUAUGAUCGAGCGCCUUUUUGACACCUCUGCCUAAGCCUGCCAGUAUCUCUGCCUGGUUCCAUCAGACUAGCCAUGUCACUGGACAGAUAAAUCAGUGUUAACUUGC